AUGUCCCUUAUACUCUAUAUUUCAUUUAAAAUAAUUUAAAGAGUCGAAAUUUAAAUUAAAAGAACAUAUUAUUUUUAAAAUACUCACAGGAGUAUAUAUUCCGGCCUCACGCCGACAUACAAGUUCCAUUAUACUCUAUAAUUCAUUUUAAAUAAUUAUAACCCCUUAAUACCAAAAACUUAUGAUAAAAAUCAACCUCAUAAUUAUAUUCUAUCGAUAGACGCAAAUAAUCUUUAUGGAUUCGUAAUGAGUGCAUAUUUACCUGUAAAUAAUUUUAGAUGGCUACACAAAGACGAAAUAAAUGCUUUAGACAUACGUAAUAUAUCUGACAAAAAUAGCAUAGGAUAUAUCUUAGAAGUAGAUUUAAAAUAUCCAGAAAAUAUCCAUGACAGACAUGAUAAUUUGCCACUAGCUGCUGAGCAUAUUAAUAUCCCAUACGAGUUAUUAUCUAAUUACCAAAAAACAGUAUUAAAUAAAUUAAAUUUAAAAUAUACCAAUACUAAUAAAAAAUUAAUUCCUACUCUUUUUGAUAAAACAAAUUAUAUAAUUCAUUAUAGAAAUUUAAAAUUUUAUCUAGAAGAAGGUCUGAUAGUAACUAAAAUUCAUAGAGUAUUGGCAUUUUACCAAAGUGCAUGGCUUAAAAAAUAUAUAAAUUUUAAUAAUAAGAAAAGACAAGAAUCAACUAACGAUUUUGACAAAUCAUUUUUUAAAUUAAUGAAUAAUAGUUUUUUUGGCAAAACGUGUCAAAAUGUAAGAAAGCGUAUUAACUUAAAAGCAGCUACAACAUUAAAGCAAUAUCGCAGAUAUCUAUCUAAAUCAUCUGUUGAAAAUUUUCAAAUAAUAAACGAUAAUCUUACAAUUUUUAAAAUGAAAAAACCUAAUUUAAUUUUAGACAAGCCCAUUUAUAUAGGAUUUUGCGUAUUAGAAUUAAGCAAAUUGCACAUUUACGAAACAUUUUAUAAAAUAUUUAAAAACAGGUACGGGGAAAAUGUGCAUUUAUUAUAUACUGACACAGAUUCUCUUACACUUCAAAUUUAUACAAAUGAUGUUUACGAAGAUUUUAAAUCGUUCCCUGAUAUCUUUGAUUUUAGUAAUUAUCCCAAAACUCACAAAUUAUAUAACGAAGCGAACAAAAAUAAAUUAGGAUAUUUUAAAGACGAAACGCUAUCGAAACCGAUAAUUGAAUUUUGCUCUUUAAAACCAAAAAUGUAUUCUUAUAUUUUUGAUAAACAAAAUAAAAAAACUGCUAAGGGGGUAAAAAAAUCUGUUGUAAAAACAUUUAAUCACGAUAAAUAUAAAGAAGUUUUAUUUAAUACAGAACUAUUAAGGCAGCAGCAAUACGGAAUUAAAAGUAAAAAUCCUGUAGUAACAACAUAUCUACAAAAUAAAAUUUCUCUUUCCCCAUUUUAUGAUAAAAAAUUCAUUUUAGAUAAUGGAAUAGAUGUACUAUCGUUCAGUCAUUACAAUUUCUACUUUUAAUUCUUACAGAUAUUCUGAUAUCAUCAUCAUCAUCACAAUAUGGUUUUUUAAUAGUAUACAAAAGGAAAACUACUUAUGUAAUACAUAGCAUUUGUAGUAGAACUUAUUCGUGUUUGAAACAAACCUAUAGGGAAGCAGCAUUAUUAAAAUUGCCAAAUAAUAAACCAUAUGAAUGUAAAUUUUUUGUAAUAAAAAAUAAAAUAAUAAUGCCUAUAUUUAAUAAAUAUUUUAUAAAAUGUGAUUGUAUGAAAUGUAAUAAUAAAUAAAUAUUUUAUAUAUUCUAGAAACUGUUGUGUGUCCAAAAAUGGCUUCUUCGGGAGCAGCCGGAUACGAUAUUUUUUGUACUAAAGGCUUUCAAAUAAACCCCCAUGAGCAAAAAGUAAUUUUCACCGAUAUAGCCUUGGAAAUCCCAAUGAACUGUUAUGCUAGAAUAGCUCCAAAAUCUUCUAUUUCUUUAAACAAUAUCAUGAUCAAUGCAGGAGUUAUUGACUUCGA